AGCUCAACCAUGACGUCACGAACUCAAACCAGCUUGACAGCAAGAAUCCGCGAGAAUCCGCCCGACUUGCGCAAGUGUUUGUUUUCGGGCGAGCAGAGGCGAAGGAAGGGAAUGGCCGAGACGACGACAUAACGCCAAUUUCUCAGGACUGGGGCUGCACUUCCGACCCGCGCACUCAUGCUGGACGCCAUACACAACAUGGACGAGGACGUUAAAGUGCUAGAAGUGGUGUCGGACGCCGAAGAAAUGGCUGUGACCUUGGAAAGCGAGCACGAAGAGGGCGAGAUUAGCGAGGACGACGACGAUGACGAAGUGGGACUCCCUGGCCAGCAGCACUUCCCUCACCAUUAUCCCUCAGAUUACCACAAGGAAAGACAACCGGGGAAAAAUGCUUCAGCAACUUCUGCAGUUGUCAUAUACGAUGACCGCGGACGCACAGCCAUUUUCACCAGUCCCAGAAAAAAUUUACGGGACUCAGGCUCAUAUAAGAGAAGGGCAGACUCAGGAAGAAGAUGGGAGCAGCAAGAAAUGGAAAAGCGAAGACAUAAGGAUGAUGAAGCAAGAAAGCACCAGAAAGAUAAUGGUAUGGGUAGGAAGUGGCAAAAGUUAGACAAUGAAGGUGGGGCCUCGGGAGCUUCGACCAAGAGGAGUAAAUACAUGCGACAGGGAUUAAGGCGACUCGGGUCCUCAGCGGGAUGGGAAAGUGACAAGGUUCCAGGAGCCAAGAAUAAACGGUCUCUUGAUCAACCCAGACAAUUGGUGGGGCGCAGGAGCCACACCAGCAGCUCUGACAGUGACUCCUCGUAUUGCAGCUGCUCCUCGUACUCCUCUUCCAGCCACAGUGGUAGUGACUCCCCUGUGCAGAGGCGAGGGAGAGGAAAAGAGAAUAAACGAUCUGGAACAGCCAGCAGAGCACGCUCAAGAUCGCCUUCUGAGCAAAGUUUCAGUUCCACCAAGAAAAAAUUGGCUUAUAAAAAGUCUUCAGAAAAGUGGCCAUCCAAGAAGUCGCCUCCAUGGGCACCACCAGUCAGCCAGGGUAAAGAGAGCACAAGAGCAUCCUCCCCUGUUGAAGCUGCAAGCAAAAUCUCAAAGUCAUGGGGAAAUGGCAGGAAAUCACCUCGCCCCUACAUGCGCCAUACUCUCUCUACCUCAUCUAGUAGAAAAACUGAAGUAAAAGCAAGCCACCACAAAACCAACAAAAGUAAAUCAAAGGAGAGUAUUGUAAAAAUCAGUGAUGAUGACUCUGAAGAGAAAUGUGACAAAUCACCAAGAGCCAAAGAUGAUACUUCACCCAAAGGAAAUGCAACUGAAGUUCCCCUCAUAACAAGCCAAAAACAGCUUCCAAGAGGUAGUUUUGGAGAAAUGCUCUUGAAAAAGACACUGAAAGGUAAACUAAAGGUUUGCCCACCAGCUAACAAAGCUGUAGAGAAAGGAGAAACUUCAGGAGAGGCUGGGGAUAGUAAGAAAGAAGAAGUAUCUGAAAUAAGUGAAGUGUUACAGCAGGACUGUGACACAUUAGAUCAAGAAGAUGAAGAUGAACUUCAGCUAAGAUUAAUUGCCCUUCAGUCCUCUUUGAAGGUUCUGAGUGAUGUAAGGAGAGAAGGUUGCCAGUCCAUGAACAUUGGGAAUAUGAUUGUUGAUCUCCCAUUGUCUUUGCCUCAAGACAGCAUAGAACAGCCAGUGGAAAAGGAAGAGGAAGGGAAGGAAGCAGCACCUAGUGACCUUCCCGAUCAGAGAAAUAGUGAAAAUAUUGGUGAUUUUCAGAAUCAGUUAUCAGAUCAUCAUGUGCUCUUGCAAUCUGAUACAGAAAGCUCAGCACCCUUGAAAAGCAAUCAGAAUUUUGAUACGAGAUUAGAAGAAAGCACCCCCAAGGAUGAUGAGGUAGACCUUAUAUUGGAUGACUUAAGUCAGAGCUCAACGAGAUCGCAGCCAGGUUCAAGCAUCACUGGACUAGAGUUGGAAUUGGAUGCCAUAUCAACAAAUAGAAGUUACCUGGAUGAUGAAGACAAUACAAGACAGCUUGCCACGAAUAUUGAAGAACAGCUGCAAAGAGAAAUUAAGGAUCUUGCCGACUCUAAUCAGGAUCCUGUUGAUAUGGAUAUAUGUGAUAGUUCUCCAAGUGAGGAAGAUGAAAGUUUCUUUGAUGAAGACAUCUUGAAAGAUAUAGGAGAAGACAUUUCUUUGGAUAAGGUGUCUUCCCCUGACCCAUCAACUGCUCCUAAUAUAGGCUCGCAAGCAAAGAAUUAUCCAGUACCUGUCCUAGAUCCAGGAGGACAGGAAAGUUUUCUUCAUAACAGUAGCAACAGCACCAAAAGUAGUAGUAAUAACAACAAUAAUAGUAAUUUCCAAAUCCCAGUGGAAUGGGCCUACAUGAUGCCACCUCCUCCCCCACCUGACCAGCCACCCAAUGAUAUUAGUAACAUCAAUAAUUGGUGCUAUGACCAGAACAUGUACCUCCAGACCAUGCAGUCUUCCUAUGAUUCAAAUGAGCAGUAUCAGCAGUACAAUUCAUAUGGAACUCCCACUUCCGACUGGGGAGUACAGGCUCAGCAACCUGCACAGUGGAAUGAAUCAAGGCCAGAGAAUUAUGAGAACGUAUCUGAACAGACAGAAAUCAUCCAAGAGAAUACUGAAACACCAGCUUCUCCUGAGUAUACAACCAGUAAAACACUCACACCAGAAAAAGAAGAACCAAAGCCAGAUAGCAGCCCACAGGAGGAUUUAAAAGAUCAUCCAGCAGAACAGUACCAAGCCUUCAUGUCUGUAGUGCUUAACCAGCAGAAGACUCAGCAGAAGAACAGCGGCACACAAAGAAACUUAAUCGAAGUGCAGUUAAUCAAAUAUGGCAAUUCAUCCAAUAGCCAGAGUGAGGCUGUGAAAAAUGCUCCUUCAGGUGCUGGUACCAGUGGUGGAGCUGUGCUCCAAGUGAACAAGAGAUCAAGAGCUAGAAGGAGAAAACGAGAAAGACAGAAAGAAAAAAUGAAGCAUCUCAAACAGUUGAAGGCACAAGAAAAAUCGGCAAAGGGGAAGGAAUCCAUUGUUCAAAUCGAUCUCCAACCAGGACUUGAUUCAGUGCCAAGUGUUUCUGAAGAUGAAGAUGAAGACCUCCUAAGGGCACAGCUUUUAAUUGACCUUUCUCGAAAGAAGAACCAAAAACAGAUAGAACCUGUGGUAGAACCCCCAAAAUCAUGUCUUUCUGAUUAUCAAGCAUUGACUGUAGAUAACAUCCAAGCCGUCCAUCAGGAUAGGUUCGAUUCUCAUUCUUCAGGCUACAUGGGCCACGAAAGCACACCGCCUCUGAGCUACCCCUCAUCAUUGGAGUCUUCCCCAAGGUUGAGACCAGUGAGCAAGACAGCUGUUGUGAAGAUGCAUCAACUUCAGGCAAGGUUUAGAGAAAAUAGCCCAACACAUAAAGUGAAGGUCAACCUGAGACACGGCUUGUCUGACAUAGGAGGCUUUGGCUUAGAUCCAAAGAGCAGUAGAUAUGAUUAUCUCAUUCCAAAAGACAAUCACAGCCAGAAAGACACACCCAAGUUUAAGUUUCCCAACAUCAAGCCUGUUAUUAUCAACUUGGAAUCCGAUUCAGAUGAUGAGAAUGAAGAUGGUGGGGAGAGCUGUCAGGAUAGAGCCACCGAUGAGCCACAACCUUCAGGAAGUGGUGAAGGUGAUGGUGUCUUAAGCUCAAGCAUAGAUCUUUUGCUGAAAAGUAUGAGGAAUGCCAACAAGCCCGAGAAGGAAGCCAAAGGAAGCACACAAGUGAAAAAAGGAGUAGCCCUCGCAAAGAGAACCCCAGCACGAAAAGCUCCUCAGUUGUACAGCACUCCAAAUGUGGUGCGUCAUCUUAGUAGAACACAACAGGUUGAAUAUCGUAGGCUAAAGGAACAGCUCAGAGAAAAGGAAAUGCUUCAGAAGAAGCGACAGGAACUGCUUCUACGGCAGAAAGUAUUCCAGAAGAAAGUGUCCUCUGCGGCAAGAAUUUCUCCUGAGAGCCCUCAGUCAGGGGACAAUGGAGGGGAAAUGAGUGAUGGAGGGGCAGCACGAGACCUACCAUCAGUAAACAUUCCACAGGUUAAAAGUCAGACUCCCUCUAGGACAGAAGAGGAAUAUUGUGACCAAGGAGAUAAUGGGGGUAACCUCCAGACUCAGGGGGAGACCCCACCACCGUCACAUUCAGUUUUGCAAGACACACGGGAAGUGAUUUUCAAGGAAGCAGGUGGUUUGCAGAUACAGCUUGCAAAUCUCAGUAGAGAUAAAGAUUUAGGAAGCAAUACAAUAAGUGCAGAUGAAGGUUGCCAAGGUGGGUCUAGCACUGAGAAAAGUUCGGAGGUGAGGAGAGAAACAGGUUUUUCAUGUGAAGGUUCUCCAGUUGAGGAUGAAGAUGAAGAAAUGCUUAGGCUGAUGGUACUUAAAACGCUCCAGAAAAAAGUAAUUGACAAAGCAAAAUCAAAUGAUGAAGAAAAUUGUGAAAGUGUAGAUGCUGAUAGUAAAAGUGAAAAGAAUGAUGGGUCAUAUGCGUCAUCAAAUUCAGAAACACUGAAGGUUGUCAUACGUCAGAAGAUAGACGAUGUGCCAACUGAGGAGAAGGAAACAAUGGAAAAGGCAGUAGAAGUGGCAGCUCGCAGUGUUCUCAUUGAAAACCAGACUGAUUUGCCAGAAAAUAGCAAAGAUGUACAUCAGGAAGAUGUAAAUGGUGGGGAGUGGAUGGUUCUUGAUGAGGUGUUGGAUGAUAUUGGUGAAGGUAAUGGAGAAAAUGCCAACAGUGAAGAGUUGGCAGUGGUAAAGGAGGAACAUGGAAACAAAGACAAGAAACUGCUAAUUGAUGAGGGAGAUACUUUGUCUGCUUUAGAUUGUAAGGAGACUGAAGGUCCGGCAAGUGAAAGCGUUUCUAGAACAAAUGAAACUGAAUGUUUAGUGCAAGAGGUAAAAGAUGAAAGUGAGUAUAACAAUUUCAGCCAUGUAACAGAAUCUGAAAAUACUAAAGUAGAAAAUCAAACUCCUGCGGAUCAUGCUCAAGGUGAAUAUAACAGAAAUUUGAAUGAGGAAAUAGAAGAGACAAGAGAAAAAGAGAUUGAGCAAAGUCAUAGCAGUGAGACGAAGGAUACUGGAAAGAAUGAAGUGGAGGAAGCUGAUGGUAUUGGUAAAGAAGUAUUAGAAAAUGGUAAAGGUGAUGAAAGGUACAAAGGUAAAGAUACUCAGCUAGUGCCAAUUAAAGUGUCAAAGACAUCUUCUAAAUCUGUAGAUAAACCUGUAGAUAGUAUUGUACCUUUUACAACUCAAGAACAUUCCAGCAGCGAAACUGAGGAAAAACGGACGGAAGUUGUGGUUGCAGACAACUCACAAGAUGUGGAUAACGGUAGUUUAUCAGCUUGCAAAGAGGAUCAGAUAAGUCCUGUUGGAAAAUCAUGUGUCAGUGGUGAUCAUGACAGUGAAUCUACCGAUAGGAAAGAGAAUGCAGAGGCCAGCGCAGGAACAGAAAUGAAAACCCAUAAUAGUAUGACUAGUGAGGACACCUCAAAUUUCCAAACCAUUGAAAAGCAAGUAAAGAUACAUGCGGAGGGGAAGAAAAAUCUUGAACACUUGUCUGAAAAAGUAGGAAAAAGUGAGCUGUUAGAAAAAGAUACUUUAUUGGUAUCUGAAAGUACAAAAACCUUAAAAGGGGCUUCUGUAUGUAGCACAUCUGUAAAUAAUUCUGUUAAACAAAUAAGUGCCAUUAGAACCCUGAACACUUUGCCGACAGCUUUACAAAGACAAAUAGGUAAUGCAGUUGGAAACGCUUCCAAAUCAAGUAGUUUAAGUGAUGUAGCAAAUGUGACGAGAAAACCAAUAAGGACUAAGAGGUUACUGUUACUGAAGAGAGUGGAACAUGAAUACACACAAAAAAGGAUUGCUAUGAAUGAAGUGAUAUCACAGCUGGCUUCCCUAGUUCACGAGGCAACAGAAGAAGAGAGACAACGGCAGUCCUUAAAGUCGACUAUCACCAAGUUACGGGAAAAGCUGGGCCAAAUGGAGACGCAGCUCGAGGACAAAGCCAACAAACUGAAGGCCAAGAUGGCAAGGAUUCGAAAUCUUCAAACCCAAAUAACCAAAGAUCGCGAAGAGAUAAACCAGCUUGAACACAAGGGAGAGAUUCUUGGGAAGAAG